AUGUACAGUGCGACAGCUAACGGAUUAGUAGAGGCAUUCAACAAAACACUAUGUAGUCUACUAAAAAAGGUUGUCUCUAAAUCAAAAAGAGAUUGGCAUGAGAAAAUCAGAAAAGUCUUAUGGGCUGAUCGGACUCCAACACAAGCCACUCCUUAUGCCUUAGUUUAUGGAGUAGAAGCUAUACUUCCUCUGGAGUGUCAAAUUUCGUCACUUCGAAUUGCCAUCCAGGAAGGUUUGACAACUGAAGAAAAUGUCCACCUUCGAUUGGAAGAGCUAGAAGCUUUGGAUAAGAAGAGGUUAGAAGCACAAAUGCAUCUAGAAUGCUAUCAAGCUCGAAUGGCCAAGUCUUUCAACAAAAAGGAUCAAAAAUUCAUGAUUUCAUCAGGAUCACUCGCAGGAAACUUUUUGCAAGAUCAGACUGGCGAGAAUGAUGGGCGAAUCGAUGCACUUCAAGGAAUAGAUGGUAUUCAUGAUUCUCAUGACACUCCUUGCAAAUAUUCGGGCACCAUCAAUGGAGGUACUUUGAUACAUAUCAUGGACAAUUUUAAUGCUGAAGAUGAAGUAAAUUCAGGGACUGUGAGAGCUAACGUUUCAUAG